AUUGAACUUGUGCGACUGUGUACUGACGAUAUAAAGUCACUAAAAGCGAGCACUCGACUUCAUGAGCAAACGUGAGAAUGGCCCGAUUCCUGGUAGCGAUCUAUUGUGGAAAGUCGACACGCUAGAUGGCCAGAGCUGGUGAGUCAUCUGAAGUGUAUGUCUACAGUUCUAAUCAAAAUAGCUUUCGACACUCUAUCACGAGAGUAGGUAGAUUAUAUCAAAUAGAGACAGGCGGCGGGAUUCUGACUGACGAAAUGGGCAUGGGUAAAACUUCGUCAGUUCUGGCCCUCAUUCUCCGGACACUCGCUUUCGCGCAUUCAUGGUCAGUCCAUGCAGAGCCCGCUGGAUUUUUUGAGCACCACGGUGCAUAUGCUCGAAGACGAUCAAGAGCUACCGCAGUGGUCGCUUCAUCAGAUCGUAUGUUUCCAGAGCCCUGUGGCCGGCCGAUUGUGCUGCCCCUCUGACGGUCUGCUCUAGUCAUGAUCAACGAGUAGUUCCAAGAACGGGACAGGCACGUCAGUGAAAGAUCGGAAGCGACGAUUUAGCUGACUGAACAGGCAUGUCGAUGAGGAAACGAAGCGUGCACUCCACUGCGUGAAAUAUCACGACUCUGGUCGCGAGUGCUCGUUGGAUCAGGUUUGCGAAACUGAUAUUAUUGUUGCGGCAGACGUAGCCG